CUAAAAUAAGAAGAAUUGCAUUCAUUCCACGACACGAGUUUCAGUCCAUCUGACUUUUGUGCAUUAUUUUAUUGGUCAGAAAUUGAACUCGGUGUAUUAUUGGUGAUAUAGUGCUAAAAAGUGCAUUGAAAUUGAAUUUAUAUCGAGUUCCAAUAUAUCAGAUUUUCAUUGAGUGAUCGAUCAAAGGUGAAAGGAAAAUGUGUUCACGUGAAGAAUUGAAGCAAUUGCUAUAUGAGCUACUGAUUCGCGUCGAUCAGGUGGCAUAUUUGGGUGCUAGAACACAAUUCAAAGAAGAGUGCAUUCUAAAUUCGCAACGAUUUUCGUCAGGCACCGAUCCACUUCAAUUUGGCAAUGGAAAUUUACAUUUCGACAAUAUUUUGCGCUUUCAAAAGGCAUAUAUUCGAUACUUUGUGUUUGUAUCGGAUCCGUACACGGAAUUCAUUGUGCCAUUAACAUCAUCAUCUUUGGCAUUAUUCAUCACAAACAUUCUAUCGCGAGAUUGUCCAAUGCAGUCAUUUCCAUACCACACAUCACGUACAAUCAUUGAUUUUUUGCAGAUUACACAAAGUCAUGUGGUGAAACGUUUGCUGUUGCACUACAAAACCGAUUUAUUGAAAGUGAUCAAAGAGCUACGUAUGCCAUAUACCAUCGAAGUGCUUUCAAAAAUUCGACGCGAUUGCUAUCAGCAUAACUUCAGCAGUCCAAAUUCAUUGCAAAAUGCUAAAGUGAUUCAAAUUGCAGAAGAAGCACAACAGAUUUUUUUUCAAGUUCCAAAAACGAUACAAUUUCAGUCCAUAGAGCACACAAGCAUCGCACAUGAAGAGUUCAUCUUCCAAGUGCCGAUACAAGGUGGAAAUAUAUCGUUAAUGCAACCAGAUCAUUAUGCACAAAUUAUGCAUACAAUGCCAGCCGGUCAAACGGAGAAUUUUUCACAAAAUGUCGAAACGCCAUUGUACAUUUUCACACCAGUAGCACCGGUUGCUAUCCAGAUUCCAACAAAUGACAACGUACAGACAACUGUCAUCGAAAUACCCGUACACAAUGACAUGGCAAAUGAGAGAAUGACCAUGGACAUGGGUAAAUCGGAAUCGAUUAACAGUGUAACGGGGACCACAUCAAAUCCAUCGCAGAUAUCAAAUCAUCAAUUGUGUGCCGGUUGUGGCAAACCGAUUCAAGAUCGUUAUCUGCUCAAGGCUCUGGACAUGCUUUGGCAUGAGGAUUGUUUAAAAUGUGGUUGCUGUGAUUGUCGAUUAGGCGAAGUCGGUUCAACAUUAUAUACCAAAGGAAAUCUAAUGCUCUGCAAAAGAGAUUAUUUAAGAUUAUUCGGAAAUACUGGCAUGUGUGCCGCUUGUAACAAGGUCAUUCCAGCAUUUGAAAUGGUGAUGCGAGCUCGAAACAAUGUUUAUCACUUGGAGUGUUUUGCGUGUCAGCAAUGCAAUCACAGAUUUUGUGUUGGUGAUCGAUUUUAUUUGUGCGAGAAUAAAAUAUUGUGCGAGUAUGAUUAUGAGGAGCGCAUGGUUUUUGCAUCGAUUGGUAAUCACCCGAUGUUGAAGCGUCAUGCAAACACAAUUUCUCAAAAUCCACCGCCACCGUAUACAAAAAGCAGCCCUGGACAUAUGCCAAAUGGAAAUGCACAAAUCGGAAACAAUGUGAAUGGUGUAUCGCCAAUGCAACAGCAAGUCAUGGCAAUGGAUCAAACACAUUCACCUCAUCAACAUCAACAAUCGCACAUUCAACAAUCGAAAAUGCAACACGACGAUCACAACAACAACAACAAUCAUGGUCCAACAAAUGGCGGUAGUUGCGGCAUCACAGCAAAUCAGUUCAAUGCACCAAUCAUGAAAAUUCCGCAUAGCGCCUAAAUCAUGUCAUGCCCUCGAACUGAUGAUCCGCACUGCAGAUGGACUUGAUAAAUAUGGCUCAACACUAUAUAUAUAUAAAUAAUAUAUUUAAAACAACAUUUUUGAAUAAUUUUUAAGUUUCUAGAGAAGCUACAUAAGACAUAUGCGCCAAAUCCAAUGAAUGGGUUUGAAUUCACGCCAAACAUAGUACACAAUGUCAGUUCAACAUUGAUGUAUAACGAAACUAGAUAAAAAUGAAAUAAUGAACGUUAAUCUCAAUUUUGCUGUUAGGAAUUAUAGAAUAAUUUCUAAAACUGAAUUCAAAUUUUCUUAUUGUUUUCGAUGGUUCAUUAAUUUCUUUUUUUAAUUUUUCGAACUAUGGAAAACACUUGGAUUGAAACUGAAUUACCAUAAAUUAGAAUCCUUGAACGUUAUGCAAUUUAAUUUAUUUUAAAUUUGAUUAUUGAAAAAUCAAUCGAUCUGAACAAAACUGAAAGGAUAAUUUUUUUUUCAACGGUUGCACUGACUAAGUUCAAGAAUAUUUUUUUUUAAAUAUUUUGCAAGAGAAAAAUCGUUAAAUCGAUUUAAAUAGUUAUUUUAUUCAGAAAACUCGUACCUUUUCAUUUUGAAUUGUAUCCAAACUUGUAUAUCAGUUGUGGCUAGAUCUAAUUUAAUGUCAGACAAAACGAAUGAAAAACAAUUUCGAACGCACAUCGAUUUAGAAUGGAAAAAUACAAGAAAAUGAAGGAAAAACAUAAAUUAACACAUCAUUUUGUUGUUAUUGUGAUAUUUGUUGAACAAAUUAGAUUGAGAAAGAUACACAAAACAAAAUACGAUUUUGUUUUUAAGAAAAGAAGUUUAAGUUAAACAUUUCUCAUCAACUGUAAAUAUAAUAAAACGCUAUAGUGAACAUUCUAUCUCAAAUCAGCGCUCAAAUAAUGCAGAAGAGACGUUUUGUUGUUUAUUUCUGAAAAAAAAAAAAAAUUAAGGAAGUGCUUAUCUUUCGCCAAAAUGAAAUAUAAAUAAACCACAUUGUCAAUAUAACAUUGGCUUGAAAUAAAGAGAUUUUCACAUAUUAUGUCGUCAAAAUAAUAAUCGCAACAGCGAAAUAAUGAAAUAUAUGUACAAUUCAGUAUUAAAAUAAAUGUGGAGCGUAUCAAUUGAGCCAAAGAAUAAAUAACACUAAAUGGAAAAA